UCUCAGUCAGCGCGCAAACUUCUAAGCAAACAGUCGACAGCGCGAGGCUCCUCGAAAACAGAAAACGGAAUACCAAAUCGUAGACCUAAGUCCUCGAGACACACGCGGCGUAUGCGUAAUUACAGUCCAUCAACAGCUGGCCAGUUGCCCACAGAGGAGCCGCCACCUAUCCUUCGGUGACCCACUUCGAGGUCCGGCUCUAAAGUUCAAUCCUCGUUUGAGUGCCUCCUUUGUGUGUCAAUAAACUCGCGUGCCCAGUGUCCACUCCCCACAACCCGCCUCCCAGGUCAACAGCGCCCACUCCCAACCGCUCCAGUCUGGAGGUAUUUCUCCAUAAAACGGAUCGACACCCACGUCCAUCCACUGACGCCUCCUGGCGACAUUUAUCGGCCUGUUGCUGCUGCCGUUUGUGUUUACUUUGUGCCAAAUCGCGUGACUCACCCGAGAGUCUGAGCCGGGUCUGUGGUAACCAAACACUUUGAGCCAAGCUCGGUCGCGUCAUCACCUUGGCCGGAGCCCACACACGAACAUCGCAUCGAAUCGCAUCGAAUUCAACCGACUGAAAUUGAAUAGACUCUAUUAGGCGAUGGCGUCAAUAGGUUCCGGAGAGACGAAGACUUCAAGGCUGGCGCAGAUGCAGAUGCGUUUUCAGCAGCGGACACAGCAGGAGCAGGAGGUGCGACGUCGGGAGCUUUUAGGGACGAAGACGAGUGUCGAGAACCUGGCCACAGCAGCGCCUAGUGCCGCCUCCACCAGGGUGAUCGGCAAUGGAAAAGUGCGUCAGAUGUUCGAUGAGCGUCGUCGAGGAGCGGGCAUAGACCGCAGCAAUCCCCUCAAGCCGAUUGGAACCCUGCCCUCGCCCCCCGCCCCAGCGAAAACCCGCCCCCAGCAACCGAUGCAGCGGCUCAUCAAGGGCGUGUCCGACAUGAACCUGAGGGAGCCGCCCAACGCGAGCAGGCGCAUCACCAGCGACAGCAACAACAACAAGUUCGCCACACCGCGCGGUGUGAAUCGAAACCUGAAGCCUGUGGUCACCCGGAAGACGCCGCCUGCCCAGGAUGCAUCGCUCCCCCAACGAUCCGUGUCCUCGCCGCUGCGCAGUCCCAGGAUGCCGACAUCAAGUCGGUUACCCGGGGGCGCAACCCCGCAAGCCAUUCGCCUUUCUCCACCAACGACUCGACGGUCAGAGCCUAAAUCCCCAGUGAAAAAGGUCAACAUGACUACCACGUCGACAGCCCCGGAGGGCACCGCCUUGUGCCGGUUCUGCGGACGCCACUUCAACACGGAUCGGUUGCAGAAGCAUGAGGCGGUGUGCCAGCGCAUGGUGAGCACCAAACGCAAGAUCUUCGACGCCUCCAAGCAGCGCGUCGUGGGCACCGAAGCCGAGAGUUUCAACAAGAAGUCGAAGGGAAACCGCUCGAAAUCCACGUACACUAGUGCUGCCCAGCAGAAGGGUCUGACCACCGGGGUGAAGAAGAACAACUGGCGCCAAAAGCACGAGGAGUUCAUCCAGUCGAUACGGGCCGCCAAACAGGUUCAGUUACACUUGGCGCGCGGCGGAAAACUGAGCGACCUGCCCCCGCCGCCGCCUUCAGAGAAUCCCGACUACAUCCAGUGCCCGCACUGUGGACGUCGAUUCAACCAACAGGCCGCCGAGCGGCACAUCCCCAAGUGCGUCAACAUGGUGCAUAAUAAACCCCGGAACGGCCCCCCGCCGAAAAAGCGUUGAGUGGUGUUUGGGACUCGAUAAUCGCUGAUCUCUGGUUGAUAACAGUGAACGUGCCCAUACUUUUACUUGUGAUAAAGAAGUUUGAUGAUUGGAACGAA